AUGGUCCUCAUCUGCUACGACAUGGACUUUCAAGCCGAGCACGAGGAGAUCGGACAUGCCCGCCUCUCGCUCCUCGAUCUAGCCACAGGCGCCCCAAAUCGCCUGGUUCAACUCAGGCUCCGCCAUGCUGAUCGCGGUCGCAUCUCGUUCAACUGCGUCAUCCAGGAGCUCUGCCCCGUCGAGCUGAGCCUCUCUACCGUCCGCCUCGACCGCGCUUCGGCCGAGGCCGCCCUCGUCGACCUCGAGGGUGCGUUUCUCGAGCUCGACCUUGCUGGCGAGACCAUGACCACCGAACCGUGCCUCUUUCACCAGCUUCCGUCAUGGGACGCGCGCAUGUUUGGCGAGCCGCUGGUCAAGACGCUGACGCUGGAGAAGAUCCGCGCGCUCACGCUCUCGUUCCGGCUCUGCAUGCUCGGCCACGGUGACCGCAAGGUCUGCAUCGCCAGCAUCGACUUUGACGUUUCUAGUCUCUUGGACAGCAUCGACGUGGCUGCCGCCGAGGCUGAACUGGCUUCAGGCACCGCACCACUGGCACUGGCGCUCCCGUUCUCCCGCGAGCUCGUCCUCAACGUUGGCACACCCAUCGGCCCUUUCAGCGGCUCGCUGCACCUGACCAACUAUCCACGGCUCCGGCAGGCGCCGCACGACAUGGAGCGCGCCGCUGCGCUCCAGCGGCGCAUUGCCGCCCACGCCGAGGUCAAUCCCUACGCCGACGCUGCAGCUGAGCUUGCCUUUCUGGCGCAGCCAAGUGCGCCGGCGAGUACGUUUGUGACCCAGAGCCACGAGGCUGACGCCAACAGCGGAGACAAGGCCGAGGCUGAGGGUGAUGAUGGUACGGGAGCGGAAAUUGACAUCAUGACUAUUGCUCCUGACCCUGCGUCCGAGUCUGGCGAGGAGUCGGACGAGUCGGAGGAUGCCGGCGGCGAGGGUUACGGUUAUGACGGGCCGAACGCUGCUGUGGCUGCUGUAGUCUCUGCGCUUGACACGGGUGCGAUCGAGCCAGUUUUGGAGGCGAUGGAUCAGCUGCGCGGCAUGUUUCAUGCUACGUCGGCUGUCAACGAGGACGAGUCGGGCUCUGACGAGCCGUUUGCAGCCGUUGCUGCCCAACUCGAGGGCCCGCCGCCGGUCCUGCUUGCUCUUCACUACGUAUCAAGCAAGCCCGCGCUGGCGAGCCUCAUCGAACCGCUGGUGGAAAAGGCAGGCUUUGACUUGGAGACGGUCUCGGUUGCCGGCCUCGCGCCGCUAGACGUAGCGGUCCGGAGCCAGGCGUACGAGUGCAUGACGGCGUUGCUCAAACUCCUUGCGCGCCGGUCUGUCAAGCGGCAGCAAGUUGCGCGUGAGCGAGCAAUUGAGCUGGUGCGCGCAGAGCGCGAGGCGCGGGCAGCCGAAGCCAAGAAGCUCGGCGGGAGCAGUACAGGAGCAACAAGUCGGCGCAAGACAACGCGCGGCCGCGGCAAGGGACGUGGUCGUGCGCGCGUUCGCGGACGGGGUCGCGGGCGGAGUAGCGGGCGGCGUGGCGGUCGUGAUGGCGAGCGACGGGCGGUCGGCCGCGGAUCGUCAGCGCUCAACACUUCGCUCACCUCGUUGGAGAGCUUCAGCUCGGGCAGUGUCCCGGUGGUCAAUCCAAACUACAUCGAGGUAGAGAGCAAUGCCUUUGCGGCGCGAGUGGAGACGCUGUUCUCUGUCUGUCGAGUGCCCAACUACCGGUAUGCAGAACCGCUGAUCCGGUACUACGGACAUGCGCUUGCCAGCGCGCGCGACGAGAACGGCAACACGGCACUGCACCUGGUUGCUGCGGUGAAAGAGGGUGAUGAGAACUCUAUUGUUGCACGUGAUGUACUGUCCAUCACGCGCGACCUCAUUGCGGCCGGCGCUCCGCUUGAUGCACAGCGCGCCGAUGGGGCGACACCGCUCUCUCUCACGCUCGCUGUCGGCUCGUUUGGUAUGGCGCAGAUGUUGCUCGAGGCAGGGGCAGACGUGAAUCUGGCGGAUGCCAAGGGCCAGACUGCGCUCAUCAUUGCGGUCCAGAUGGGGCUGGACGACAUGAUCGAGAACUUGCUUGCGCACAACGCGGACCCCAACGUGUGCAACACGACAAGCCAAUCCGCACUCCACAUUGCGGCGGCGUUCAACAAGUACUCGGCCAUACCGCGGCUGCUCAAUGCAACCAAGUAUGGUGCAAACCAGGACGCGUACGCUAUGCGGCUCGACGCCGAUGGGCGGACGGCGCUGCAUGUGGCGGCGCUAAUGGGUCAGCUCGACGCGCUGGAGCAGUUGCUCAAGUAUCCCGCGGUCGACAUCUCAGCGCGCGACGCCAACGGACUGACUGCGCUUGAGCUGGCCAAGUCGGACGAUGUGCGGCGCGAGUUGCAGGCGCACGGUGCGACCAAAGAGAACGACGCCGCGCUGUUAGCGGCGGCCGAUACCGGCGACCUGGCAACAGUUCAGCGACUGGUCCAGCCGAUCGGGGAGGACUCGUCGCUGCAGCUCGCGUUUGCCGACGCUACCCAUUCGGUCACAGCUCUGACCGCCAUGCACUAUGCGGCACGGCGCGGACACACCGAUGUGAUGCAGGCGCUGCUGGAGGCCGGCGCCAACGCCAAUGCCGUCUUUAACCUCAUGGGUUGGACGGCGCUGUACGCGGCGGCCUACCAUGGGCGGGAGGCCGCGGUCCAGCUGCUGCUCGAGGCUGGGGCUGAUCCGCAGACCUGCGACCUCGAUGGGAUGACACCACUCCAUGCAGCGGCGGGCAAGGGCCAUCUCUUAGUCGUCACCACGCUCCUUGGCGCAGGUGCCGACGUCGAGGGGCGGACCCACGCCGGAUGGACGCCGCUGCAUGUGGCGGCGUACAACGGCAAGCUUGAUAUCAUCCGGGCGCUGCUUGAGUCUGGUGCCGAGCCGGGCGCCAUUGCCGAUCUUGGGCGCUCUCCACUGGACUAUGCUGCUAACGCCCAGGUAGCCGAGCUGCUGCGUAGUGCCUUGCGGUCGCCGAUGCCGUCUCCUCGGGUGUAG